AUCGAAAUGAGUGUUAAAAGACAUUAGCUUUUUAAACUUUGUUUAUGAUAGAUAUUUCUGCCAGUACUGGCAAAGCUGUCGAGAAUCUCCAGAGAGGACGGAGUCAGAGAUUUGACAAAACAUCAUACUAGCAUAGAUCUAUCUCUAUGAUCUAUCUGUUUCUUAGGUAAAAACUAGUGUGUAAUCGAUCCAGAAUAAUUUGCUUCGUCACGUUUCUAUUGUUAAUGUCAACAUUGAUCAUGCUUCUUGCCGUGGUCAACAACUGCAACCAACGUCAGUGUAUGUAACUAAGAACAAUUAAACUGUUUAUGGUGAUGUGUUGACACAAGGUAUGGGGUAUUUCAACCAACUGUGGCUUUUACUGUGGAAAAACUUCAAACUACGGCAGAGGCAGCCAGUGCGAGUUGUUAUUGAAAUCUUAUGGCCUCUGUGUUUGUUCUUGAUCCUGGUGGCAGUGCGAACAAGACCUGACCUCAUAACCAAACAACAUGAAUGUCAUUUUGAUGGCAAGGCGAUGCCGUCAGCUGGUGUUUUACCAUUUGUGCAGUCAUUCAUUUGUACAUUUAACAACACAUGCCACAGGACCAUGACGGCAGAUGAAAGACCAAAAGUCGUUGACAACUUCAACCAGUCACUAAUUACCAGAGUGAUAGAUGACCUGGAAAUAAUUUUGGCAAAUAGAACUGAUCGGGAAGAAAUCUUUCGAUUCAUUGAAGAUUUAGAAACUCUUGGCAAAAUGAGAGAUGUACUUAGUAAUGGUACAUCUAUGGGAAGUAUAACACUUGGCAGUCUUCUGGUAGACCCUGGUAAACUACGCGAGCAAAUAGUAAACCAGAGUAUUGACCUGGGACAUGAUGGAAUCAAUGCACUAUUGAAUGCCACUCUUUCUUUCAGAAAUAUUAUUGGAUCUGGAGGGAUUGCCAUUGAAUGGAAGAACCUGCAGCAGUUUCUGGAAAAUGUGAUUCCAAGACCGGGAAUGUCUCUGAAUGACUCAGUGUCAAACCUGCGUGAACAUCUCUGUAAUGAGAGUCUGCUGACCACCUGGCUAAAUUUCUCUGACCCAGCAGAGGCGGCUAACCUGAAACAGCAGCUGUGCUACAACUUGACCUUUGACCAGUUUGAACAGCUGUACCUAGACUUCCGAGACGACCUUGAUGUCAACAAGACAUUGAAAGAGUUCUCACAGUACAUUUUCAAUAAUACGGGAAAAGAUUUCAAUUUGGAUCCUCAGAGUAUACAGAGAUUUCUGAGAAUCUACGAGGAUUUGCUGGGUUUAGAGAGCCUGCAGUUUCUGUGGAAUGACAUUGUCCUCCUACAAGACGACCUGCGACCAGUGAACUCUUCCAAUGUGUCCUCCAUCAUACAGUCGGUGGGAAAGAUGGUGUGUGGCCGCAGCAACAUCAUGGGCUUCGACCCCAACAACAACAACCUCUUCUCCGGCAACAGUGGCACGUCAGCCUUCAGUGUUGGCUGCACCCUUAAGAGCAACGAUAAAGAGGAGACAACUCACAAAAUUGAUGACUCAUUUUGUGGAAAGCUGUUUAGUUCAUUUGAGUCGAGUGAUAAUACAUCAGUGUACACUAGGAUAUUGUGGCGACAGUUGAAACCAGUGGUUUUAGGUGUACUUCCAUACUCUCCGGACAAUGCAGUCACCAGAGAAUUGAUAAAACAAGCUAACCUAACAUUUGAAACACUGGCAUCACUUCUCGAUUUGUUUGCUGAUUGGAACACAACUGUUUCACCUGAGAUUUUCAACUUCCUUAACAACAGCAAUGCCAUUGAGCAACUUAGGAUUUUCACUGGAAAAGAUUCAUGUAAAUAUCUGGAACGUUUGCUAAAAGAGUUUGGCAGUGCUCAGAUACCACCAGAUAUGGCAAACAGAAGCAUAUGUGAAUUUGUUAAUCGUGUUUUAUCUGACUCCUCAGAGUACAAUUGGAAAGAUGCACUCAAUAACACAUCCUUCAUUGUGGGCCAGCUUCACAAGUAUUUACGGUGUUUCAAUUUUAACAAAUUUGUGCCAUUCAAAGAUGAAGAUGACCUAGUCAAGUACAGUCUGAAACACAUUCAUAACAACACAUUCUGGGCAGCUCUGGUAUUCAAGAAUAUUCCCGACAAUUCUACUGAGUUACCUCGACAUGUGAAAUACAAGAUACGCAUGGAUUCAAGCAAAGUAGACAGCACAAAACACCUGAUGGCCAAAUAUUGGCAUCCUGGCCCGCGUGGACGUGCAGGGAUCGACACGAAGUACCUGACGUACGGAUUUGCAUUUAUCCAAGACAUGGUGGACCAUGCUUUGAUCCGCUUGCAGACAGGUGUUCAAGAGGAGGUGGGCGUCUUUCUGCAGCAGUUUCCAUACCCGUGUUAUGUGGAAAACAAGUUUGUGUUUGCGAUUUCACGAACCCUGCCGAUGUUUAUGGUCCUGGCAUGGAUCUACAGUGUAGCGAUGAUAGUGAAGGGAAUCGUGCACGAGAAGGAGUUGAGGCUGAAAGAGGUGAUGAAGAUGAUGGGGCUCGGGAACAGCGUUCACUGGCUGGCUUGGUUUAUUAAUGCCUUCGUCAUGAUGUUAGUAACCGUCAUCCUCCUCGUCAUUGUCUUAAAGGUGGGAUUAAUCAUGGAGCACUCAGACCCCAGUGUUUUGUUCUUGUUCAUGAUUGCAUUCACGAUCUCGACCAUCAUGCAGUGCUUUCUCAUCAGUGUGUUCUUCUCGCGGGCAAAUCUCGCGGCCGUGUGUGGAGGCUUCAUCUACUUCGUGCUCUAUCUGCCGUACACCCAGGUCGUGCAGUGGGAGGAGUACUUAAGUACAGCCCAGAAAAGUCUUUCAUGUUUGUCAUCAACAAUAGCAUUUGGGUUUGGCUGCAGCUACAUUUCACGCUAUGAGGAACAGAUGAUAGGAAUCCAGUGGAGUAACCUGUAUGACAGUCCUCUCACCAACGACACUUUCAGCAUGGGCUUUUGUAUCUGGAUGAUGUUAGUCGAUGCCGCCAUCUAUGGACUUCUCACUUGGUACAUUGAAACAGUGUUUCCAGGUGAUUAUGGCAUCCCCAGGAAAUGGUAUUUCUUCAUCCAAAAAUCCUACUGGUGUGGCAUUCAGUUCGAACCUAAUGAUAACGAUCCUUCCCUUGAGAUCAACAACAUGAACACAGAUUGUGACCCAGCAAACAUUGAAAGUGAACCAGAAAACCAUAAAUUAGGUGUUGCGAUUCGGAACUUGAAGAAGGUGUACAAGUCUGGGAAAAAGACAGCAGUUGAUGGGCUGAGCAUGAACUUCUAUGAAGGGCAGAUUACCUCAUUUUUAGGUCACAAUGGAGCUGGGAAGACCACUACCAUGUCCAUACUAACAGGCUUAUUCCCACCCACCAGUGGGACUGCAUUCAUCUAUGGCAAAGACAUUCGAAAAGACAUUAACAACAUUCGACAGAAUCUGGGCAUGUGUCCCCAGCACAAUGUCCUCUUUGACUUACUGACAGUAAAGGAGCACAUUUGGUUUUACGCUCGGUUGAAGGGCAAGAGUGAGCAGGAGGUGAACGUGGAACUGUACAAGAUGAUCCAGGAUGUCGGUCUCACUAACAAGAUCAAUGAACAGUCGCGCAACCUCUCAGGUGGUAUGAAGAGAAAGUUGUCUGUUGCCAUUGCAUUUGUCGGUGGCUCCCAGACAGUGAUCCUUGACGAACCUACAGCUGGUGUUGAUCCUUAUGCCCGAAGAUCCAUCUGGGAACUACUACUCAAGUUUAAAUCAAACCGAACCAUUAUUUUAUCAACACACCACAUGGAUGAAGCCGACGUGCUUGGCGACCGUAUUGCAAUUAUAUCUCAGGGCAAGCUACGGUGCUGUGGCUCCAGCCUCUUUCUGAAGAAUCACUUUGGCAGUGGGUACUACCUGACUCUGGUGCGCACAGAUGACUUGGAGCCUCCUAUGGCUGAAGAUGGGAUGCCUGUGGAAGAUGACUUGUUUCAGCCUGGACCCCAGAGCCGUCCGUCCACCGCAGGCAGCGUGCGCUCCACCAUCGACAUCUUGCCAAUGUUUGAGAAUGUUGAUGAAGGCUAUGACGAGAUGAAGGAAAAUGGAGAUAAAAAUCCAGUCUCUGCAAAGGAAGACCAAGCAUGUGCUGCAGUUUUACCACCUGGCGCAGCCUCCAUGAUUCCAGGUUUCUCUCCAGUGCGAGUGACGGCUUUCAUCCAGAAGUUUGUCAAGGAUGCCAAGCUCGUGGAAGACAACACCACAGAACUGUGUUACCAGUUGCCAGAAGAGGCUGCUCACUGUGGAAACUUUGAACUGUUGUUCAGUCAGCUGGAACAGUGUCAUCACGACCUCGGCAUAUCUAGCUUCGGCAUAUCAGAUACCAGUCUGGAGGAGGUAUUCUUGAAGGUUGCUGAAGACACGGACGUUCUGGAGGAGGAGAAAACAAGAUGUUCGCUUGAGGCCUCCUACGACGGUGGCAAAUACCCUCGUCCUGUGACGAGACUGAGUUUUCGCAGGAAGAGAAAGUUUGGUAUUUUCCCAGUCUCGAAGAAAAUAUAUGACAGCUCCUCUGAUUUGUCUUAUAAGCAGUUUGAUGACAACGUGUCGUUAGUUCCUGAAUCUGUUGCAGAAUCCGAUGUGGAAACUGCUGGCAAUGAUGGUUUCUCUACAUCUAAGGUAGAAAAACUCUCAGGCUGGAGUCUGCUCUCCAGACACUUUGUUUCUCUCUUCAUCAAACGCUUUCAUCACGUCAGGCGGAGCAAGAAGGGACUAGUCUGUGAGAUAAUCCUACCUGCAGGUUUUGUGUGCAUUGCAUUGAUUUUCUCACUGAUACUGCCACCAUUCCAACAAGAACCAGAACUAGAGCUGCACCCAUGGAAAUACAUACCCAGGAAGGGAGAUCCUUUUCUUUAUAUGUUCUACAGCAAUGACAACAGAGAAGUAACAAUGGCCAACAGCCUAGAAUCAAUGCUUUUGUCAAAGCCAUGGAUUGGAAAUCGAUGUCUCAAUCCAAACUCUAAGGAUAAUCUUCUGCCUGAUUAUCCCUGUACUGCCAGUCCUGCUCCACCAUCGUGGACAGCUCGUCCUGCCUUGACGGGGAACUUGUCGGUGGACUCGCCAGACUGCUCCUGUGAUUCAGGCAUGCAGACCUGUCCUGCGGGCGCUGGAGGUCCUACUCCGUCGAUGAGAAUCCUGCCAACAACAGACCACAUGUACAAUAUGACAGGACGAAACAUCACCGACUGGCUCCUCAAAACCAUGAACAAAUAUAUUUACAAGAGGUAUGGAGGUCUAAGUUUUGGUGAGACUAAUGCCAUAGCUCAGCUGAAUACAACCCAGAUGAUGUCGGUCAUUGACAGACUGACCCGAGCUGCCAACAAUGGGACGGACGUCUUUCCCAAAAACAACACCUUCUUCACAGACCUGGAAAAUGUCACGAGAGAUUUUAUCAAACAGGACAUUGCUAAGGUCUGGUUCAACAACAAAGGUUUUGCUUCGUCGGUCAUAUACAUGAGUGUACUCAACAACCUCAUCUUGCGCAGUUACCUCCCUUCAGAAAGUGACCCAUCAGACUAUGGGAUCUCCACCUCGAACCACCCCAUGAACUACACAGAAGCACAGUUCAGUGAAAAUAGCAUAUUAAACAGUUUCAUCGAUGUGGUUGUGGCAAUCUGUGUAAUAUUUGCCAUGUCGUUCAUCCCAGCCAGUUUUGUGCUCUUCCUUAUAGAAGAGCGAGUGUCCAGCAGUAAACAUCUUCAGUUUGUCAGUGGAAUAAACCCAACCAUCUACUGGGUGGCAAACUUUGCAUGGGACAUGAUGAACUACCUGAUACCGACCGCCCUGUGUAUCUUCAUUUUCCUGGCGUUCAACAAACAAGCUUAUGUGUCAGCAACAAACCUGCCCUGUCUUAUUGCUCUACUCGGCUUAUAUGGAUGGGCCAUUAUUCCAAUGAUGUAUCCAUUUUCACGUCUAUUUGAUGUGCCAAGUUCUGCCUUUGUGACACUGUCCUGUGCCAAUGUGUUUCUCGGUACUGUGUCCACUAUUGCCACUUUCAUACUGGAAAUUCUUGAGUCGGAUGACCCGGAAUUGGGCGUCAUCAACAAUAUCCUGAAGCAAGUGUUUCUGCUGAUGCCACACUACUGUCUGGGCCGCGGCCUCAUCGAGAUGACCACCUACCAGCUACGAGCUGAUCUCAUUGCUAGAUACGGUGAGGAAUGUGUGUACAACAUCUUUUCCUGGAACAUCGUGGGCCGCAACCUCUUCAGUCUGUUCAUGAUGGGCAUUGGGUGCUUCCUGCUCAAUCUCCUUAUUGAAUACAGGUUCUUUAUCAAACCAAGGAAGAUUACAGGACAUGAGAGCCCAAUAGAAAAUGAGGAUGUGGAUGUAGCAAGAGAACGCCAGCGAGUUAUGUCUCACAGAGCUGACAAUGAUGUACUCAGACUGGAAAAUCUUUCUAAGGUCUACUGGAGGCCAGGCCGUAAACGUAGGAUGACUGCAGUUGACCGCCUCUGUCUUGGAGUGCCUAAGGGACAGUGCUUUGGACUUCUCGGGGUUAACGGUGCUGGAAAAACAACAACUUUCAAGAUGCUGACUGGUGAUGAGUCUGUCACAGAGGGAUCUGCAUUUGUACAGAAUUACAGCAUACUGAAGGACAUGGUCAAAGUACGACAGCAGAUGGGAUAUUGUCCACAGUUUGAUGCUUUGGAUAAUCUGCUUACCGGGCGUGAGCACCUCGAGUUCUAUGCCAGGAUACGCGGCGUUCCCACACAUGAAAUAAAAACCGUUGCCAGUUGGGCCAUCCAGAAGCUGGGACUGACUCAGUAUGCGGACAAAGUGGCUGGAACCUAUUCGGGUGGUAACAAACGCAAACUGUCCACAGCCAUUGCUCUCAUUGGAAAUCCGAAUAUUAUCUUCUUGGAUGAACCCACAACAGGCAUGGAUCCAAAAGCGCGGCGAUUUCUGUGGAAUUGUAUUAAUAGUAUCAUCAAAGAUGGCCGAUCAGUCAUACUUACUUCACACAGUAUGGAGGAAUGUGAAGCUUUAUGCAGUCGACUAGCCAUUAUGGUCAAUGGACAGUUCAAAUGUCUUGGCAGCAUACAACAUCUUAAAAACAGGUUUGGAAACGGUUACACGAUCAUCCUGCGAGUGUCUGGCAGUGUGCCCGACACAGAGCCGGUGAAGCGGUUCAUCGUGGAGAUGUUCCCGGACGCGGUGCUCAAGGAGGAACACAACAACAUGAUGCAGUUUCAGCUCGGCAUGGCGCACCUCUCACUCGCCAAGCUCUUCGCACAAAUGGAGGCGGCAAAGAAACGCCUGCAUGUGGAAGACUACUCUGUGUGUCAGACCACACUCGACCAGGUGUUCAUCAACUUUGCUAAAUUACAGACCGAUAUGCUGGAUGAAGAAAUAGAUGACAUUUCCCCAAGUUCGGAUCUCCCAAUGAGGCGGAUGGAGUUGGAUGAGCAGAGUAUAACGGGAAGUACUAUUGAUCUGAUUCAGCCUGGCAGUGCUCGCAGCAGUUUACGACUCACUCACUCCUCUCACAUGAGUCGUGACUCGGAGGCUUAGUGUCACACUUAAAUGGUGUUAUUACCAUGACUUUUACACAAUUUGUUUUAAAUACUUAAUUUGUACCACAGGUUUUUAAAUGAAAAAAAGACAGUCAGACAGUUUGGAAUACUGUUCUAGAUUCAUUUGACCCACGUGCUCUAUAGCAUUACAAAAUGAUCACUAGCUUUUGCUGGGUGCUUAACAUUAAUUGAAAGUGAUAUGUUCACGGUUAUGUUUUUGUAAUUGUAUGGUAGAAAUAGAAAAUAAAUAUUUUGGUUUAUAACAUAUUCAUAUUUACAUUUCUGAGAAGGGACCGAGGUGAUUUGGUUAGCUAAACAUAACAGUUACUCUUAUUUUUGUGCCUACCCAAAGUUUGAAACAAGGGUGAGUUAUCUUUUGGGUUAAUUCUAUAUUUGAUGAUUUUAACAUCUCAAAGAGUUUUAACUUAGUAGGAACAUUGUAUCCAAGUUAUUAGAAAUGUUAAAAUAUUGACUUCUAAUUUGCUAAGACAGCUUAGAAUUUUUCUUACUGGUUUAAGCAAUAACCUGCAACUUAAAUAACAUUGUUCAUUAUCCCUCCAUCUAAUUCAACAUUUGCUUGGGCCCAAUUUAGUUUUGUAAUUGGAAAUUCAGUUUUAGCUCAGUGAACUGGGGCCAAAUGGGCCCUUUCUUUUCUUUUCUAUUUUAAUUAUUAUGUGUAAUUUAUAAAAAGUAUUGAAUGUUAAUAUUUAUUGAACUUUAUUUUGUUAACCAGAACAUAUAUGACAUUCUUUUAAAUUAUAUUUGUGCGUAUUUUACAGUGUUUUUUUUAAAAACAUUUUAUUAUUUAUAAUCUGCUAACAAGAUGUGAUACAUAUUUGUAUAUAUGUUGAUUGUUGGAAGUGUAUCUUGUUUAUAAAGCCUGUCACAACUAUUUUUUAAUGGUUUCUUGCAUAGAUUAUAUUAAUUGUUUAUUACAAAUACUAGGCAUAAUAAAGGCCUUAUUCAAGUGUCUGUGAUAGAUAGACGUACAUGUAUAGUAUGUCACUUCUUAGUACUAAUCAAUGAAAUGUAAUUAUAUAACCAGGACCAGAAAUACAACAAUGCUGUCAUUUUCCAUAUGAUAACCAGAA